CGUUCCCAGCGUGCAGUGCGGGCGUGUGUGUGUGGGGAGAGAGCGCUCGGCCUGGUUCCCGCCUUGAGCUCUCGUUGCCGCCGCCGCCUCCAUUUCUUCCGCCACCAACGCUAUGUCGGACUAUAGCGCAGGCGGUCCGCCACCGCCUUCCGCUGGGCCGCCGGGCGCGGCUGGAGCCGCCGGGCCGCCCAAUCAGGGUGGCGGAGGAGGCGCUGGCGGCGCUGGUCAGGCCGGCGGAGCGGCGGGUCCCGGGCCGGGCGGGAUCCGUAAGGACGCCUUCGCGGACGCGGUUCAGCGCGCCCGGCAGGUGAGGGAAGAGGAUGGGGAGCCGACUAUGAAGGAGAUAGCGGCUAAAAUUGGGGGGGACUCGGCCACAACAGUGAACAACACUACUCCUGACUUUGGAUUCAGUGGUCAGAAGAGACAACUGGAAGAUGGAGACCAGCCAGAGAGCAAGAAAAUGGCUCCACAGCCAGAACCCAUGCCACCACCCCCUCAGCUUGGACCUAUCCAUCCUCCCCCCAGGUCUACAGUGACUGAAGAGUACAGAGUACCUGAUGGCAUGGUGGGACUCAUCAUAGGAAGAGGUGGGGAGCAGAUCAACAAAAUACAGCAGGACUCUGGAUGUAAAGUACAGAUUUCGCCAGACAGUGGAGGAUUGCCAGAGCGAAGUGUAUCGCUGACAGGAUCGCCAGAAUCUGUGCAGAAGGCAAAAAUGAUGCUUGAUGAUAUUGUAUCUCGAGGGCGUGGUGGGCCUCCUGGUCAGUUUCACGAUAACGCCAAUGGGCAGAAUGGUACAGUGCAGGAAAUCAUGAUCCCAGCUGGGAAAGCAGGCUUGGUGAUCGGCAAGGGAGGGGAAACGAUUAAGCAGCUACAGGAGCGAGCUGGAGUGAAAAUGAUUUUAAUUCAGGACGGUUCACAAAACACGAAUGUAGAUAAGCCCCUUCGGAUAAUUGGCGACCCUUACAAAGUACAGCAAGCCUGUGAAAUGGUAAUGGACAUCUUACGAGAACGGGACCAGGGUGGCUUUGGUGACCGAAACGAGUACGGUUCCAGGAUUGGUGGAGGAAUAGAUGUUCCCGUGCCCAGGCAUUCUGUUGGUGUGGUUAUUGGGCGUAGUGGUGAGAUGAUUAAGAAAAUACAAAAUGAUGCUGGAGUUCGAAUACAGUUUAAGCAAGAUGAUGGGACGGGUCCUGAGAAGAUUGCCCAUAUUAUGGGUCCACCGGACAGAUGUGAACAUGCUGCCAGGAUUAUCAAUGACCUGCUCCAGAGUCUCCGGAGUGGCCCACCAGGUCCCCCUGGAUCAGGAAUGCCUCCUGGUGGAGGCAGAGGUAGAGGCAGAGGGCAAGGUAAUUGGGGGCCUCCUGGAGGAGAGAUGACCUUCUCUAUCCCCACUCACAAGUGCGGGCUGGUUAUUGGCCGAGGUGGAGAAAACGUCAAGGCCAUAAACCAGCAGACAGGAGCCUUUGUGGAAAUAUCCCGGCAGCUACCGCCCAAUGGAGACCCCAACUUCAAACUGUUCAUCAUCCGAGGCUCACCUCAGCAAAUUGAUCAUGCCAAGCAGCUUAUCGAAGAAAAGAUUGAGGGUCCUCUCUGCCCGAUUGGACCAGGACCUGGGCCUGGCGGACCUCCUGGACCGGCUCCAAUGGGCCCCUUCAACCCAGGGCCUUUCAAUCAAGGGCCACCCAGUGCUCCCCCUCACUUCCAUGUGCAUGACCGGGGGCGGGGGGGCGAGCAGGCCCACCCCCAUGGCGGCGGCAGCAGACGGGGUGCCUGUUGGGCCUGUCCAUCCGGCCCAGCGGCUCUUGAGAACUCUGAGGUGCUCCAGUGCGCCUGCGCAGUUGAACUAGAUCGUCGCAAGCCCGUGAUGUCACAGGGCGGAGGUUCGGCGCAGUGGCAGGAGGCCACAGACUGGGGCCCCAAGGUCCAGGGCCCUGGGGGGCCACCACCUCCACAGUACCCACCCCAAGGCUGGGGGAACGCCUAUCCACAGUGGCAGCCUCCUGCACCUCACGACCCAAGUAAAGCGGCAGCAGCGGCAGCAGCAGACCCCAAUGCAGCCUGGGCAGCCUAUUAUUCGCACUACUACCAGCAGCCACCUGGCCCAGUUCCGGGAGCACCCCCAGCCCCCACAGCCCCACCGGUGCAAGGGGAGCCACCGCAGCCGCCCCCGACUGGGCAGUCGGACUACACGAAAGCGUGGGAGGAGUACUAUAAAAAACUAGGCCAGCAGCCACAGCAGCCAGGAGCCCCACCACAGCAGGACUACACAAAAGCUUGGGAAGAGUAUUAUAAGAAGCAAGCAGCUCAAGUAGCUACUGGGGCAGGGCCAGCAGCACCACCAGGACCUCAGCCAGACUACAGUGCAGCCUGGGCAGAAUACUACAGACAACAAGCUGCCUACUAUGGACAGACACCCGGCGCUGGUGGCCCAGUGCCACCACCCACACAGCAGGGACAGCAGGCUCAGUGAGUUGAAUGUGAACCUCCCCAUCUCUGAGAACCUUUUUGUUUUGGGAAGAGGUGGCCGCAGCAGAAAGUGACGGGGUGGGAAGGGAGCUGGCCUGUUGCUCUGAUUGCUGGGUUUCUUCUGGGAAUUUUGGCCAUGCCCCCUUCGAGUCUCUUUAAAAUAAAUCCAAAUCUCCAAACUCCUAAUGUUGAGCCAGCAGCUGUAGAAGAUAGCAGACUAAAACCGCCGCUGCCGCCAGACCCAAUCCUGCCUGACACACACCUCAGUUUUCAGGGUAACACUUCCUCUUUUCUUUCUGUUUUUGUUUUAAAAAUAAACUUUACAAGGAAAAGUCACUCUGCUUUUUAGUUAGAGUUGGAACAUUCCUCGGACAAAGGUGUUGGUGUUUCAGACAAAACCUUCCCUGCCCCUCCAUUUCUCCACUGCUGGGACUGAUCUGUCGUGUUUUUGUCCAAGAGAAAAUUGAAACAAAAUUGUAUGCUCAAUUUUUACUUUUUACCGCUCGUUUUUAACUUCACAAAUAAAUGAUAACAAAACAUCCCCCUGUGUCUGCUGGGUGGUGUCUGUCUUUCUCUCUCUGUCCAUAAGGUUUUUUGAAGCUGAUGUUUGUUCACAAUAUAGCUGUUGUAAAAGCCUGAUAAUGGUCAUGAAUUAAGAGCUUCCUGUGUUUUUAUAGUUUGAGCAGGCAUUUGUGCAUUUUUGUUGAAUAAAAUGCUUUUUUGUUUUAAA